UAAACCGAUAAGGCGGAAGUUAGGAAAAAGGACCCGUGACAAAUCGCCCACUUUUCGGAAUUUAUCGACUAAAACAUUCAGAAUGUUGAAAGAAUUGGUGAAGGAGCGACUAAUGGUGGCAGCCGAUGAAAUAUUCGCGCUGUUUGAAAGAACGAUAGCGUCGUACGAGGGGGAACUUUGUCGAACAAGAGAGGAGAAGGAGCGAUAUCGACAACGUCUGGAAGCUGUUGGCAAGACCCAAAUAGUGUUGCGCAUUGAAGACGUCCAGCAGCUUAUUGGUCAUCGAGAAGAAAGUUCCCCUCAACCGCAGGGGGGGAACUCUACUUCAAAGGAGGAGGAUCCACAGCCCCCCCACAUUAAAGAGGAAGCUGAGGAGCUGUGGAUCACUCAGGCCGGGCCAGAAGAGGCCGAUCUCGCCAAGAUGCCCCUGACUGGUGUCUCUGAGAAGACAGAAGACAAACCACAAGUGGACAACCUCCUAGCUCACCCGUCAAAUAGUGAGGACACCACGUCACACCCUCCUGAGGAUGAAGACACCCAAGAACCUUUGAGCAGCAGCAUGGAUUAUUCUUACUGCUACCAAAGGGAGACGGCUAAAAAAUGUUUGACCUGCGCAGUUUGCGAUAAAAGCUUUCCUUACAACAAGGAUAUGACCCGACACAUGAGAACGCACACGGGGGAAAAACCGUUCCGUUGUUCACUUUGCGGCAAAGGGUUCUCGGAGAAGUCACACAUGUCGAUACACAUGAGAACGCACACCGGGGAGAGACCGUUCGGGUGCUCCGUCUGCGCCAAGACGUUCGCCCAGAGGUCCACUUUGGUGCGGCACAUGAGGACGCACACGGGCGAAAAACCCUUCAGCUGCUCCGUUUGCGAUCGGAGAUUCUCCUGGAAGACCAACAUGCUGUCACACAUGAGGACGCACACUGGAGAGAAACUUUUGUACAGCUGCACAGACAGUGGUCAGAAAAGGUCUUGAAAGGCAAACUUACUGUCAGAGAAAAACCUUUUUGAUGUUAAAUUUGUCAUGAGGAUAGACAUUUUUUUGGAAGAACUCUGAUUAGUCUCACGCAUGGUGGUCUACCGUUUGUGACAAUUAUACUAAAACUGACAUAUUUUGUACUAUGCUGCAUUUGUUUCUGGAUUUUUAAUACAAAAACCCAAAACCAGUGAAGUUGGCACGUUGUGUAAAUGGUCAAUAAAAACAGAAUACAAUGAUGUGCAAAUCCUUUUCAAACUAUAUUCA